ACCGAGAUGGGUUGUGCGGAAAAAAAUGUGUGCACACGGCGCAUUUCGAUGAAACAGUCGCUGGUGCCGCCCACUCAGACCUUCUCUGCGCCAUUCCCUUACAAACAUGGCGGCUCAGACAACGCGAGGGAUACCUUUAAGCGCAGUUUGUCCACGUUAUCUGCAUACAAACUCUACAAGCCACACUGGGCCCUUCAGCGCUAUAGCAGAACUGAUCGACAAUGCUUAUGACCCAGAUGUCAGUGCAAAGCAAUUCUGGAUUGAUAAAACAGUGAUCAAAGGCCAGGACUGCCUCAUCUUUAUGGAUAAUGGAAACGGCAUGGACUAUGACAAGAUGCACAAAAUGCUCAGUUUUGGCUUCAGUGAUAAGCAGACAGUAAAAGGCCAUGCUCCAGUCGGUCUUUAUGGUAACGGUUUUAAGUCAGGCUCCAUGCGUUUGGGGAAGGAUGCCAUUGUGUUCUCAAAGCAAGCUGACACCAUGUGUGUGGGUCUCCUGUCACAGACUUACCUCGAGAGGACAGGAGCAAAGAAUGUCAUAGUGCCUGUUGUCAAGUUUACAAAUGCUGAACACACCAGUGUAGCACGGGAGUAUGAAGAGUGUCUUCAUGAUAUCCUGACCUAUUCUUUGUUUAACAUCAAGGAAGAACUGCUAAUUGAGUUUCAGGCCAUUAAUGGCCCAUGUGGCGUUGACUCCAGUGGAACUCGCAUCAUCAUCUGGAACCUACACAAAACGUCCUCAGGUGAAUUGGAAUUUGAUUUCAUGAAGGACCGCUAUGAUAUUCGGCUCCCUAUUGACAUUAAUGACUGCAGCAAAGAGUCAAACAAGGGGCCAGAGAUCGAAAUAUCACCACCUCAGAGUGAAUAUUCACUGCGGGCGUACACCAGUAUCUUGUACCUAAAGCCUAGAAUGCAGAUUAUUGUUUGUGGGAAGAAGGUAAAAACUCAGCUCGUCUCCAAAAGCCUAGCACAUAUCAUUAAGGACACGUACAAACCCACAUUUCUUAAAAAGGGAAUUAAAAUCACCUUUGGCUACAACACAGGAAACAAAGAACACUACGGAUUGAUGAUGUACUACAAAAACCGCCUCAUCAAAGCCUAUGAACCUGUUGCCUGUCAGCGUAAGGCCAACAAAACAGGAGUGGGAGUUAUUGGGGUGAUAGAGUGUAACUACCUCAACCCAAUGCACAACAAGCAGGACUUUGAGAAGACAGAAGAAUACAGGAAAACCAUACAAAACGUAAGUACUAAGCUUGAGGAAUAUUGGAAGGAAAUCCGCCACAGACGUAAUAAAAUUCAUUGCACUGUACCUGUUGAGGAUGAUGUGAAGAAACCAGAUCAAAACUGGGUGCAAUGUGAUGAAUGUAUGAGAUGGCGAAAACUUCCUGAUUGCAUUGAUGUCUUGUGCCUUCCUGAAAAGUGGUUCUGCCGCAUGAACCCCGACCCCCAGUUCAGGAGUUGUGCAGUUGAAGAGGAGCCAGAGGAUUCGGAUGAUGAAGCACCCAGAAACCAGAAAACGUACAAACAGGAUGAGAAAAAUCAGAAGUUGCAGAAGGAGAAGAACAGACAGCAGGUGGAGCAGGAGCAGGAAGGGGCAAGGGUUGAGCUGAUAUUAGCACUGGCCAAAGAAAAUGCUGAUGUCUCAAAGAAACAAAAGGACCUUAGGCUCCAGCUCAAACUUGGCAGCCCUGUCCAGGGAACACCCACCUCCCCUUCCCAGAGACAUGCAGGCUCCACAUCUGGUCAAGUUCCCACUACACACUACACACCUACUUCAGCAAGUAAGAAGAGACCCAUGGGCCUAAGCCAAGAGAAUGGAAAAAUGAAAAGAGCCAGAAUAGGAGACAGAUUUGACAGCAGCACACCAAGCAGGCCAUCAACAUCCACAGCCUCAUCUGAGUUCUGUUCCUUACCAAUCCUAGACAAUUCUGACGGUGAUGGUGAUCAAGCAGCAUGGAAAGAUAAUGAAGCUUUGUCCCAUGUAUCCAUCAGGCAUGUCAGCGUUGGAACCCAGAGUCAACAAAAACCAGUUGUGAAGCGGGAAGUGGGGGAUACAGAAAGGGUUGAAAAAGAAAAGGGGAAUAAAGAUGGUGAAAAUGAUGGCAAUUGUUUUGAAUCUGAAAAAGAUUUCCCUCCAGUGGAAAGGAAUACAAACAAAGAAUUGAUGAGGAAUGAGGAAAUAAGAGCCCAACAGAAGAGUGUACCAAGCCAAGAGGAAGAAAACCAAGAAAGAAACAUGUCUAACAGUACAGUGCAGUCAGAAGGAGAGCUAAACCAUAGGGAGAACUCAGAUGAAAUAAGGCGAGGUGAUCAGACUUCAGCAAAACUGAAAAACUCAGUUCUUGAUGUGAUGGAGGCCCAGGAGCAGCAGGACAAACUGCUGGAACUCCUGGAGGGGGUGACAAAUGAGCGAGAUGAGAGUCACGCUCAGUUGCUUAUCCUCAACUCGCAAGUGGAGGAACUGAGGAGCCAGUUGUUGGAGCUUACCCAAAAAACGCUAAAGAAGGAACACAGCCAAAAAUACACACAGACCAGCCCAGAGGAGACACAAGACAACAAAGUGCUGUACUUGCAGUGCAAAGAGGAGAUAAAGAAGCUCCAAGAAGAGCUUAUUGGGCUGAAGUUGGAAAAAGAAGAGAGGGAGAGAAAAGGCCAGCAAUCUGUGUUAGAUGAUGAUGAGAUGGCUUGUCAGAUUGACCUUCUGUUAAAGGAAAUUGACAGCAGAAACAAGGAGCGAGAAGAGCUAAAGCUUAAGGUGGACAGUCUAGAAAAAGAUAACUGCACUUUGUCAACCUCCUGUGACAGCCUGAAGAAAGAUUUAGAGGAGUUGAAGAGAGAAAUUGAAAAGGUCAAGGUAUGUGCAGAAGAUCAAGAGGUCCAGACCGAUUUUCCUGUAUGCUCCCAUAAAGAAAGUACGGCAGCUUCAGCAGAAGCCUCCAACUCAAUAAGAGGAAGAGACUUUGGUACACAGCAGCAUGAGACCCAGGACAGAUCAGAGACAUACAACCUCAAAUUAAGAGAACUCAGACAAACAGUGGCCCGUCUCCUGGUCACCUGGGUCCCUGGGCUGGACCUUCAGCAGGUGAAUUACGAUUGUGAUGUCAUCGAUGAGAUUCUCACUCAGGUUGUAAAUGAGAGCUCUGCUGCAGAGGCAGCCUCUACAUAGAAACAGUUUUUUUUGUUUUUUAACUUCUUUAAAUUUCACUUGACAAUGCAUUAAGAUUUUUAUUGCUUGCCUUGUCUUUGGUUAGGUGGAUAGGGAGCUGUUGCCAUUUUAACUGCCUGAAGAAUGUUAGAAAUUUACCAUGUUUACCAUUAAUAACAUUUAAUUAUGUUUAUAUAAUUCAUUCCUGUGUCUGUACAAUCAAGUAAAACAAAUAUCUUGUUCUAAGUGUUUUCUAAAAGGUUCAUUUUUAUUUUUUCAUGGUUUCUUCCUGUUAUGUUAUUUUCCUCCAAUUCUGAUUUUGUAACUGUUUUUAAAUGAGGGCUUGGUAGACAUGCCAUGGUUUAAAUAAACAGAAACGUUGUGGUAUCAUUCAAA